CAAAAGAAAAAGUAAAUAAGAAAAUUCCCAACCCCUUCCCCACCCCGCCAAAAGAAAAAAAAUUUGAAGUCUCCUCACAUUCUUACCAUUUCAAAUGUAUAGGCUCCUUAUUUGUUUAUUUAUAGCCCCUUGAAACUAAGGGCACUGACAUUCAUAUCUUCACUCAUACAACCAAAUGUUCCAUGGACUGGUUUUCUUGGUUCUCAAAAACUGGCCUGGCCCCAUCCCUUGUCUACGAGUACGCCCUUGCUUUCUCCCACAACGAGCUUGAAGAAGAAGAUAUAGUUUACUUCAACCAUGAGUUUCUUCAAAGCAUGGGCAUCUCAAUAGCUAAACACAGGCUUGAAAUUCUCAAGCUCGCUAGGAAAGAGAGAGGGGUGACCCCAAGACCAGUUUCAAGGCUUCUAUUGGCAAUCAAGAGAACCAAAAGGAGCUUAGGCAAGUACAUUAGGACAUGGGUUCGCCGCCAAGAACACUCGGCUCUUGUUGUGGUUAACCCAAGGAGUCGGUCCGGGUAUGCUAAUAAAUGGAAAGGGGCAAUGUUGAAGAGAAACAAGAAGCUGAUGGUGGGUACACAAGGCAGGCUUUUGCUCACGAACGGGACUCCUUUGCUGGUAUCGGGCACUGCUAGAGUUGAGAGCUUUUCAAGUCCUAUGGUUUUCGAUUACCAGAAGGAGAAAAUGGAUGGGGAGGAUGAAGAUGGAUAUUGGUCAACUGCUGUUGAAGACAUCAGGUGGGAUACUAUGUUUCAGGAUUUGAAACCAACUUGAACGAAUUAUUUCAUUUUUAAACUCCUGUUGUUUUCUGUUCAAAGUUCUCCAUUAUGUUUGAUUUCAGAGGUGAGAGAUGGGAUUUUUUUAGCAGUUCCCACCGGUUUUCUUUUUUUUUUUUGGUGCUUGUGGUGGGGGAAGAUUGAUAACUUUUAUCCUUAUCUUCUUGAGUGGUGUUUCAAUCAUUAGGUUGUCUCCCCCUGCUUUUUUAUCUUUGAUAGAAAAAAAAAAAGAGAAAGAAAAAGUAGGAAUCAGUCACUUUGGGAAAAAGAAAGACUGAAACAGAGGUAUCGAAAUAUGCAGAGUAAGAAGCAAGCAUUGUAUUGUAAAUCUUUAAAUGAUUGUUUUAUUGGGUGGUGAAAGUAGAGAUACUAUACUUUCUAAAAUCACCUAAAAUUGUACCAGAAAAUCUAGAACUAGAAUAUGACCUGCGAUCGUUUCCUUUUU